GAAGUGAUCUGAACUUGGGACACGCAGCAGGGCAAUGUAACACAAGCAGGACAAAUGCAGACGACCCAGCGGCCUGAGUGGAGGCGCGAUGGGUAACAAGCAGAACAAGGCAACGCCGAGUCCUAUGCUGAAGGUGGAGUCCCGAGCCCUGUCCUGCUUCGACGAACAGGAGCGCCCCCGCAAGGGCAUCCCGCGCCGCAUCGGCAACGUCCUCCUCACGCGAUGGAUCGAACUCAAGCGCCGUGAGAAAGCCGUGUUGGAGAAGGCUCGCCAGGCGGUGACCAACGGCCACGCCCCGCCGUCCAUCCUCGAGGAGUUCGAGCAGGAACUGAAGGAGGAGGAGAGCCAGCACCGCGUCAAGUACCACCCGCGGCUCUUGGCCAACAUCCUCGUGAAGAAGGUGAAGCCGCGGCCGAGGUCUCGAGCCAGGCUGAGGGUUCCCAAGCUGACCACGACGGCGGCGCGCAGGAUCCACCAGUCGUUCCUGAGGCGGGACCGGGAGAGGCAGCGGGAGGAGCAGGAGAGGAGGGAGACCUCGGAGAGCAGGCGGACGCGAUCCCGAGUCAGUCUGCGGCAGCAGGCGUGGACGGACACCCUCCCGCGCAAGGCCAUGUCUUCGGCGACCUCCCGCGCGACGCAGACGAUCUCGCAGCCUAUGCCCCUCAGCAGGGACAUAAGCCUGCGCUCCUUCCGAACGGGAGAGUCCUCCGGGAUUGGCAUGUCUCGCGCCUCUUCCAUGACCUCUAUAGCGAGCUCGAGGCCAAGGGUGUUUUACACGCGGGAGAGGGGCUACUCCCUUCCCGAGGGUGAUGGGAGCCGAGACGACCAGCAGGGGCGAAGCAGCAAGCACGAGAAAGGGGAAGCCAUCACCAGGAGCAGGUCGUCGCAAAGCAGGCGAGAGAGGAUAGUAGCGCAGAGGCGAAACCUCCGCAAGCAGAAACUGCAUGCCUCGACCCCGCAGCUGCAACGAGGCGAGUCAAGGGAGGAGCGUCCUCGAGGAAGCCUGGACUCCUCGCGACUCCUUCAUGACCAAGGGACAUCGAGGAGGAAGACCGGCUCGGAAUCCUCCAAAAACGCAAGGCUUCAUCAAGACAAAGCAAGCGAGGCGGAAGAAACAGCGCAUCGGCGACGUCCAUCGUCCCAGCACCCAACAUCGGAGGAGAAUGAACAGCCAUCAGCAAGGCGGGGACGAGCGCACCAGGAAUGCUUGCAAAACCAGGAAAGCGCAGAAGAUGAACAGAAAAAGCUAGCGUUUCCCAAGCUGAAGACCAUGAGUUACCAAGCCUACUGGAGGAAGAGAGCCAUGGCGAACCGUGCACUGAGCAAGGGCAAAAAUGACACAGCAAAAUUCCGCUUGCCGAAAGGAAGCUUUUCGAAACCACACGAGAGUGAAGUGGACCGAACUUCUUCCUCAGAAUCCAAUGACAACAGCAAGAAAAGUGUACAGAUAAACGGAAGACGAGAGCAGACAUCGACAAAGAAGUCAAGCGCAGGAACGUCAUCAAGUAGUCAGUGGCAGGAAAAGCUCAGCACAAGGAGGGACAGCGGGUCUUCGGAAAAGCGUCCGCCAUACUCCUUCUGUCAACGAAGAAGGCGAUUCCGAGACGUGGCGGAGGAAUUCCUUCAGGCAGGAAGAGGAGCUACGAAUUCCCGGACUGCGGAGAUGAACGAGCUGCCAAAUAUCAACCAACAAAUAAAACAGGUUAGAAAUGCAAGCCAACAGAGGGACAAUCAGAAAGAUCGAGAAAAGACAAGAGUAGUUGCUUCUUCCAGUGACAGUCGAGAGCAUACGACGAAGCACAAAUACGUUCAGAGCACUGGUGAAGCACUUUUGGGGAAGACUACAUCCAAUACAAAACCAGAUCAAAAACUUCAACAAACCCAUUGUUUCCGGUCAGAUCAGCAAAAGGAAACCGACCUCAGAGACGAAAAUGUUGCCUCCAAACAAAGGCAGCCUCGUAACACAUCCUACCCAAGGGAAGUUACAGGAGACAAUCCCCCCUCGGACGUCCAGCCCGGAACCUCUAGGGACGCUACGACUUACUCGGUCAGUGUGGAAAGCGUCAGGCAUUCUCGUGAUCAAAUAUCCAGAGAAAAUGCACGACAGAGUGGAAACUACCGUGAGGAAAGUCAAGGACCUUCUCGCCAGAUCGCGAAUGAAUGUAUACGUGCCGAAGAAUCCCCUAAUGAGCACACAGGACAAUCCUCCUACCAAGGCGAUGUGCAUAGGAGGCAGUCCCAUACUCAAGGGCCUACCAGACAAGCCAUUGAUCGUGAUCAUGUACACGUUGAACCAGUCAUUUAUGCUAAUCAUGCGAGUCCCGGCCUGUCCCUCAGCCAAGAUCGCAGACUCAUAAAAUAUUCCGGUGGCCAUGAUCAAAAUCAUGAGCAUAUUGGUAAUCACCGUGACUAUGAAUACGACAAUGAACAAACGGGGCAGUCCGGAGGCCACGAAAUAGACGGAGGAUACAAUGCACAUCCUCCCAAUCGUGAACAUGACCCAAAACAGUUCGGGGAAUCUACUACCUACGAAUUAUCACAGACAGGUAAUGUCGUUCACAAUGAGCACCCGACGCAACAUGGAAGAAUAAGACAGAUCGUCGACCACGGGCGCAUGAUCCAGUCUCAGCAAGGCAGUCGAAAUGCUCAACUGUUCUCGCAGUCUCGCGGCGAACAAGUGCCGGGGGGACGCCAGGGCCAAGGGCAGAACCAACAGCAUUUAAUGCCAGAAUACACCUCUGCCCCGGAAGUACGAGGACCUCAGCCCAUCCCGUUAGAUUACGGCCACCCUGAGCGGAUACUCGAUUACAGGCAAAUCCGGAGAGUGGACGGCUACAGGACUGAGCCAGCGCCGGGGGAACGAGGACCCGUGGCGGUGUACGAGACGCGGAUGUUCCAGCCUCUGCAGCAAGGGUUCCUGGAGGUGAACGACGGAUCGGGUGCUCGGAGGUGGAGGAGGGUGAGCGUGGUGGAUGUGUGGGAGCUCGGGGAAUGGGAGCGUGUAAGGCGGGCGGAGGAGGGCCUGCUCAGGUCACGCUCCUCCUCAAUGCCUGUUCCUCGAGCUUUAUGACAGUUAGCAUACAAGUGGAAUUCCGCCUAUGGUACCUUCGCCAUCCUGUACAAGAGAUGGAGAUGAUAUUUGCUUCCGUGAGCAAAAUCUCUGCCAAUACAUGUAAUACUAGACAACGAAUUCUCAAAGAACAUACUGCCUUUUACCGGUACCUUCUGUAAAGAACGUGAAGCGUGAACGCCAGCCAAUCCCAAUAUGUAAAUUAGACCUGUGGGUCACGGUGUAUUAUUAAAGAGUAAUUAGACGCAAUGAUUAAUGAGGUCGAGGUACACGUAGGUUCCCCCUCACCCAGGGGACGGCUAGCACUCCGGGUGGUCAAACAUUUGAUUAGCUACAUAAACAAGUGGACGAGUUGUUAUGCUAGCUUUGUGAAAAGCUGUUAGCGGUAGCAACGAAUAUCACAGGUGCACGUAUAUAUAUGUAUAUGAUAAUAUGAAGAUCAAAGCGAUCAAAUAUUUUUUUUGUAUCUGUAUAUUAUGAAAUAAUGAUAGCGUGAUCUUCAUAGUAUGGUAUAUAGUUAGUUAUCUGUAGGUCAUCAUCAUCCUCAAAAAAACAUUCAUUAGAAUAUUUCGUCAUCGGCCAUAUUUCUUGGUUUAACGUUCUUCUCUAACUGUGGAGAAGUGUGUUUAAAUCAAACGCUGUGAUUAGGUAAUGCAGCUAUUAAUUACGUAGCAGACUCGUU